CAGGUUGAACCGUUGAGGCGGUGUCCCUCAACGACCUCCGUAAAAAGUAAAAACGACUAACUCACCGUCCAUAGGGGCGCCUGCAUUUCAGACCCCUUACACCUUUUCAGCGUGUCAAAUAAUACUGGAACGCUGAGAGUGAUAGUGGCGCAACGCUUUUAGCAUCACUCAUCACUCAUCAGCUUCAGGUAAAACUGAAUCAUGGCUGAUGGUAGUGCUGAUCCUUUUCCAGAGUUGGGAAGUGUGUAUAGAGUGAAAUCUAAUCGACAGAACAAGAAAGGAGCUAACAAUAUCCAACUCAAUUCUAAACAAAAUGCUGACUCUAGGCAGCCACAGAACCAACCCGGUGGAAGUGCUCCAGGACCUUGGUUUCCUCAGAAUUUUGGUUCAAAUGCAUGGGGAAAUCCAAAUGCACCUCACAAAUUGGUGAACCAGGGUAAUGACAAAUCAGCAGGUUUUAACAGCAGCAAAGUGGUGGACAAGAGCAAUUCCCAAAAGAACAUGGCAUGUGGAAAUGGAGUUUAUUGUGAAAUAAGUGAUGAAGAAACCGUUGAAAGUGAGUCUGAAAUUGUGUUUGAUAGUGAUGAUGAUCUUUCUUUAGAUGGCACCGAUGAAGAUACUCUCGAGAUAAGCCAUGAAGGGUGCAAGAAAAGCAAGUGGUUCAGAAAAUUCUUUGACAAAUUAGAUAGAAUGACCACUGAACAAAUCAAUUCACAAGAGAUGUCAUUGCAUUGCCCUGCAUGCCAAGGGGGUGUUGGGGCUAUUGAUUGGUACCAAGGGCUACAGCCCCUUCUGAUUCAUUCAAGGACAAUACAAUCAAGGAGGGCAAGGCUGCACCGAGUGUUUGCCGACACUUUGGAGGAGGAGUGCAACAGGAAAAGAAUUCCAUUGAGGGCAGCUAACGAAGCUUAUGGUAAAUGGGAGGGCCUUGAUAAGAAAGUAAAGGAUCAUGAAAUAGUUUGGCCUCCAAUGGUUGUCAUCAUGAAUACAAGACAUGAGCAAGAUGAAAACAAUAAGUGGUAUGGAAUGGGGAAUCAAGAGCUCCUUGAUUGCUUCAGUAACUAUGCUGCACAAAAGGCUAGGCACUCAUAUGGUCCACAAGGACACCGGGGGAUGAGUAUGUUGGUUUUUGAUGCAUCACCAGCAGGUUAUUUAGAAGCUGUGCGCCUCCACAAGCAUUUCAAAGAGCAGGGAAGAGACAAGGAGGCAUGGAACCGAUGUCAGAAUCCAAUUGUUCCAGGUGGGAAGCGCCAACUUUAUGGCUACUUGGCUUCUAGAGAAGAUAUGGAUAUUUUCAACUGGCACUGUGCAGGAAAGUCAAAAUUGAAGUUUGAAAUGAGAUCAUACCAAGGCACAGUAGAGAGCAAGAUAAAGCAUAUAAAUGAUGAUAGUCGAUUGCUUGGAUAUUUUAAGGAUAAGAUAGCUAAAGAACAAUUGAAAUCAAAAGUUCUUGAAGAGUCUUUAUCUAGAAUGACUGGAAAAUUACGCAUCACAAUGGAAGAAAACCGUGUUAUGAGGGAGCGUGUUAAAGAACAUCAUCAAGAGAGCACAGAGGAGAUGGAUGCACAAGAGAUAUUUUUCAAACAGCAACUCCAAAUCAUAGAGCAAGCUAUAGUUUCAAAAGAAGAUGACUAUGAAGUUUUGCAGCAAGCAAGGCUAGAAAAAGGGGUAGAGGAAAACAUACAUAGUGUUGAGAAAGUCAUUGGUUUCCUAAGUGUUGAAGAGAGCAGGAUGAAGCAAUUUGGGGAGGUAAGAAUUAAUAUUGCAAAAAUUUAUCACCAGAAGAUGAUGGCUCUGAGGAAGAAGCAGUUCGAGGAGCAGCUUGAACUUGUGAAGGAUUUGGAAAAUGAACUGACUCAACUUUUGGACAAUGCUUCAGCCAUUUCUCAAGAAGAAAACUCUCAGAAAUGAAUGGCGGGUGGAUCACACUGGCAAGAGAAAGCGAAACACAUGCUGAGGAAAGCAUAAUUUAAUUUUGUAGUGAACUAGUGAUACAAAUUUUUUGGAUCAUCUUUUAAAGUUUAAAAAUGGUAGAGUUUAUGUUAUCUGGUAUGUAUCACAAGAUUGAGAGUUUUCAUCCCAAUUUUCUGAUUAUAAAAUUCUGAUUAUUGAGUUUAAGAUGAAUCACCACAUCCAUUAAGAAUUAAGAUUUAUUCCAAG